AUGAGAUCGGGUGUUCUCCUCAUUGAGGUUUACCGCCGUCAACAGGCGGUUAACCUCAUGGGUACUUCCAGUUUUGCCGGUCUCAAUGUCGAGGUGAAGCCCCACGCCUCACUGAAUUCUUCAAAGGGAGUAAUCAGGUGCCCGGCAUUGAAGAACGACUCCGAGGCCGACAUAGUGGAGUACUUCCAACAUGUUGAGAACAUCCAUGUUUCGGAGGUUAGGCGGAUCCGUUCCAGACGCAACGGCCAAACAAUUAAUACGAACACUUUUAUUCUCACGUUCGGAGUGCCGCAGCUACAUCAGACAGUAACAAUAGGUUACCAGAGGCACGGUGUCUCCGCCUACAUCCCCAACCCUCUGCGGUGCCGUAACUGUCAAAAGUACGGACAUCACGAAGACAGAUGUGGACGGAACACUGUCUGCGAACUCUGCGGACGUGAAGGCCACACAGACAACGACCAGUGUAACAUUGUUGGCAAACGAUGUAUAAACUGCCAGGGUGACCAUGCGGCCUCGUCUCGAGACUGUUCUGCCUGGAAGAAGGAAAGGGAGGUACUCCGGGUGAAAUAUACCGAGAAUAUUUCCUUUCCUGAAGCCAGGAGGAUAGUCGAGAGCAAGGACAGCACAAGCCCCACAUUUGCCACAAUCGUUAAAAAGUCGACAGCAGAUACCAUCUCAGUAAAGGAUACCUCUAUCCAAGCAUUUGAGGACCAGUCUGCCUGGGGCCCAUAUGCUCCCGAGAUGGCAAACCAGCCAAAACACAAACACAAACAGUUAUUUGGGAAAGCCUCACGCUGGAGUGCCACCCCAAACCUCCAGAGCCUUCAAAACCCAUAA